AUGGGCCGGCCGCCCGCCCGUGGUGCUACUGCACUCACACGCGUGAGGCCCGUGCCUGGCCAGCAGGACGACCGCGCUGCCUGCUCCCCGGGGCCGCAUCCUCCCACCCGCGUCGCGCCGCUGACCCUGCGCUCAGCCGCGUCACGGCGCGCUCCUUCCAGCGCCUGCUGGCUCCACCGCCGCACCUUCGGCUCGGCCACCUGCUCCUGGCCACGCGCGCUCGGCGGGUGGGCCGGCUCCGCUUCCCGCAACUGUCCCGUGCCGGCUCCCAGCUGCCUCGACCACGCUGACCGGCUCCCGGCUCCACCCCCGCGGCCUCGGCGUGAUGCAGCCCGCGCGGGGCCGGCUCCGUCCGCGACCCAGCCGGCCUCCUCCACGACGCCACGGCCGCACCGCCGCGGCUGCGUCCCGCUCGCCGCCUUGCAGUUCCAGCCGGCGCCGCAACCGCUCCUCCUCACGCGUGCCCGCAGUCGGCCCCGCGGGGCUCGUCUGCGUCCCCGCUGGCUGGCUCGCGGCCGCGGGCCGGCCCCGCCUCGCCUCCCGCCAGCCGGAGUCCGCCUCCGCGCGCGCUGGCCGGCUCCCCCGCUCCCUCGCCGCUUGGCCGCCGCAUCCCGCCUGCCAGCUAGGCGCGCCGGCUGGCCGCCCUGCCUUCAAGCCGGCUCCGCGCCGCCUGCCACAUGCCGCGCCCACCUGGGCCAGCUCCCCGCCGUUGUCCGCUUCCCGUGCGCGUGGCCCCGACCUCACCGCGCACCCCCAGCCGGCUCCGCCUCGCCAGACCGGCUCCCCUAA